AUGGCCUCUCCCACCGAGCCUUCUAGUUCUCGCUCCGUCUUCCUCGGCGUCGAUGUCGGCACCGGCAGCGCUCGCGCUGGUCUGUUUGACGAGGAAGGGAAGCUUCUUGGUUCGUCUAGCAGCCCGAUACAGAUAUGGAAAGAUGGUGCUUUUGUUGAGCAAUCCUCUACAGAUAUAUGGCUUGCAGUAUGUGCUGCAGUAAAAGCAGCCUGCUCUAAAGCAGAAGUUGCACCUACAGAAGUAAAGGCUCUGGGAUUUGCAGCUACUUGUUCACUUGUUGCGGUGGAUUCUGACAGCUCACCUGUUUCGGUUUCUCCGAGUGGUGAUUCAAGAAGAAAUGUGAUAGUAUGGAUGGAUCAUAGAGCUGUAGACCAAGCCGAAAGGAUCAAUAAAAGUAACUCACCUGUAUUGGAGUACUGUGGUGGAGGUGUUUCACCUGAAAUGCAACCGCCAAAGCUUCUAUGGGUUAAAGAAAAUUUGCAAGAAUCUUGGUUAAUAGUUUUCAGGUGGAUGGACUUGAGUGACUGGUUGUCAUACAGGGCUACUGGAGAUGAUACUCGUAGUCUUUGCACCACAGUUUGUAAAUGGACAUAUCUUGGUCAUGCUCACAUGCAGUAUGUAAAUGAUAAAGAUUCCCAAGGUAUGGAAGCUUGUGGGUGGGAUGAUGAGUUCUGGGAGGAAAUUGGUUUGGGUGAUCUUCUUGAAGGACAUCAUGCUAAGAUAGGACGAAGUGUUGCUUUCCCUGGCCAUCCUUUGGGUUCUGGCCUUACUCCUGCUGCAGCGAAGGAAUUGGGUCUUGUGCCAGGAAUUCCUGUUGGGACAUCACUGAUUGAUGCUCAUGCUGGUGGUGUGGGGGUAAUUGAAAGUGUGCUCCCAUCUGAAGCUGAAGAGCAUGAUGAGGAAGCAAUUUGCAGCCGUAUGGUGUUAGUUUGUGGUACUUCUACAUGCCAUAUGGCUGUAUCCCGGAGCAAAUUAUUCAUUCCUGGGAUUUGGGGUCCGUAUUGGUCAGCGAUGGUACCAGAAUAUUGGCUGACUGAAGGCGGACAGAGUGCUACUGGUGCAUUAUUGGAUCAUAUAAUUGAAAACCAUGCUGGUUCUAUGCUCCUAGCAAAUCAAGCUGCUUCCCAAAAGAUCUCAGUGUUUGAGCUUCUAAACAAGCUCUUGGAAACAAUUAUGAUUGAGCAGAACCAAUCCUUUUUAGGCGCCCUGACUGAAGAUUUACAUGUUCUUCCUGACUUUCAUGGGAACAGGUCUCCCAUUGCAGAUCCAAAAGCAAAAGGAGUUAUCUAUGGUUUGACACUUGAUACAAGUGACAAACAGUUGGCUCUUCUAUACCUGGCAACUGUGCAGGGCAUUGCAUAUGGCACACGUCACAUUGUAGAACACUCCAAUGCCCAUGGUCACCAAAUCAACACACUACUUGCAUGUGGUGGCUUAUCAAAGAACCCUGUCUUCAUUCAGGAACAUGCUGAUAUUAUUGGUUGCCCUAUAAUUCUUCCAAGGGAAAGUGAAUCUGUACUCUUGGGUGCUGCUAUUCUGGGUGCUGUCGCAACAAAGAAAUAUAGUAGCCUUAGGGAGGCCAUGAAAGCCCUGAAUGCAGCUGGUCAGGUUAUUCAUCCAUCUAAUGAUCCGAAAGUGAAGAAGUACCAUGAAAUUAAAUACAGGAUAUUCCGUGGCCUUUAUGAACAGCAGCUCUCUAAUCGUUCCAUGAUGGCUCAGGCCUUGGCAUAG